AUGAAAAACCUCCAUUUCAGUGUCAUUAUCAUGGUUAUAGGUCUUUGCUUUACUGGGACAAUGGCAAAAACAAGAAAAACCAAUAUUUUACUCAACUCUGAGUGUCAAUGGAAUGGGUAUCUUCUGCCAAAUUGUUCUUUUUCUAGAAAGCAUGCUAUGCAUGUAGACACAUCACAGGCAUCAGUUACAGUGGAUGCAAGUCUCAAUUUCUUUAGACUUCUCUUACAGUCUGCCACGAAAAAAGAAGAAUGGAAGAUAAAGCAUCUGGACCUCAGCAACAACCUCAUACCAAAAAUAACCUUAAGCACUCUGACAUCCUUAGAAGGGUUGGAAAUAUUAAACCUCAGCAAUAAUGCCAUGCACUUCAUCUCACUGGAUCUACCAGGUCUUAAGUCCUCGUGGGUGAAGCACCACAGAAGCAGAUAUGGCCUUCCAUUUCUAAAGGUGCUAAUUCUUCAGAGAAAUAAACUCAGUGACACGCCCAAAGGACUAUGGAAACUGAAGUCAUUGCAGAGUUUGGAUCUAUCAUUCAAUCAGAUAUCACAAAUUGGUUUGACUGAUUUUCAUAACUGCCUACAACUGGAGAACCUCUAUUUAAAGAACAACAAGAUCUUCAGAAUUCACCCAGAAGCCUUCAAGAAUCUCAAAAAAUUACAGGCUGUGGAUCUCAGCAGCAAUGCUCUGACCAUUGUCCAACCAAUGAUGGUCAUUGCCCUAGAACUUCCCCAUUUGGAAGUUGACUUGGCUGACAACCAAUGGCAGUGUGACUAUAGCAUAGCAAUCUUCCAAAAUUUCGUCUCUAAAUCCUGGAAGGCAAAAUGGAAUGACCUUUGCAACAAGUCUGUAGGGAAUGAGGAGGCAUUCUGGUGGACUCCCAAAAGCAGAAUUUCCAGAGAGACCCACCUCCCUUACAUUAAUCUGAGUCAUAGGGAAAAACUCCUAACAAGCCAAGCAGUGAGGCCCCAGGAAGGAAUGUCCGUGAGUUUUUCCACUUCAAAGAAGAAGGCACAUGUCAGCUCUGAUAUCAGUGAGAAGCAGAGACGUCUGCCAAGAUGGGUUAGUGAUGCCCUGGACAUUCAAACUCUUGGCAGAAAUGAAGGCACUUCCCACGACCUCAACCUGGCGGUCUGCCUGUCCGUGUUCAUCACGUUCUUGGUGGCUUUCAGCCUGGGAGCUUUGACAAGGCCUUGUAUUGACAGACUGUGGCAACGAAGAUGCCAGAACAAAAGCCCGGGUUCAAAAAAUACGUAUUCAAAUGAGGGCUUUUACGAUGAAAUUGAACCUGCAGGGAACAUGCAGCCCCCAGCCACAUUUCUACACCAAGCUUUUCAAGAUCUAAACCUCUAUGAGAACCAGGACUCCUUCUCAGUGAUGCCAAGCCCGCAUGCUGCUGUUACUCAUGACAGAGCUCUUGGAAGCAGCAGCCAGGGGCCUGGCAGCCUGCAGAGCACCACACGAUGUAGAAACAACACCGGAGCAGGAGAUAGAAAUGAUAACCUGGUUCCAAGUAACAGUGCAGCCUGUUCCAUUCUCCACGGACGUUCAAAUGCUAAUAGUAACAAUCCAAUUCCAGCAGCGCAGGAUCACAUCUAUAGGAAUGAUAUUGUCAGAGAGUUAAAUUAUGAAACUGUGCCCCAGGAAGGUUCUCUCAGUGAGAAUUCAGUGAGUGUUAUUCCAGGAACUGGCCAAUUACAAACUGUCUCUGGUCCAAUCUUUAAUGAUGCUAAUGAAUUAAACCCAUCACUCUCAAGAGAAAUGACAACUUCUCUCUCUAAAAUGCUAACACAUUCCAGUGCCUGGAGGACUGGUGAGAAUGAGGAAAGAGGAAGUGCUGAACAGUUACCUUCAGGAAUUCCAGGCUCUCAGCUGGAAUUUUCUAAGGAAAUGCAAAUGAACACAUAUGCUAAUUUACUGAGCACAUGGCAGCCAAAGCUCAAGGGGACAAGUCCUGAGGAAGAACCUUCAGUCUACUACAGCCCUGUCACACGCAGUGAUCCAGGAGGUAUGGAUCCGUCGAUCUUUCCUCCAGGAUUGGGCAGUGUCCUGGAUGCCCACAAGGAAUCGCUGCAGAGAUGUGUUCCUUCUGACACUCAAUCCGAGUUGGAGAUCGAAUUCGAUUCUGAUGAAGGGUCUUUAUUUACUCUAAGUUCUGAAAGUUCAGAGGGCACAAGGAAUGUGACUGAAGAAGAUGCACAUGGUGAGGAGACCAGUAGAGCCAGCGAGCCACUAGAGAAUGAGAACUCAGGGGGAAGGAUAGACAACAUGAGAUCAUUAGAGAGUCUUGAGGACAUCACCUUCCAGAACAUUCUGGGGAAAUGUGCGCAUCAGGAACAUUACUUUGAGAAGCCUCCCGUUUCUGGUCCAGACUCUGAUUUGCAUGAGACUCAUGAGGAAAGUGCCUCUAACAACAAUAUAUAUGAAGAUCCAUUAACCUUGCCCAGAUCCCUGAGCGAUAGUCCUAUAAGUGUGGAGAUUCCAGGUAUGUUCGUGUAUGACUACGUCAUAGCUCCUCAGCCAGAGACAGCAAAAUGGCAUUGCUCACUGAGAGACCUAAAAUUUUCAAAUGUGGAUAUUUUACCACAAACACCACCAUGUUCUGCUGCAGUUCCCUCACAUCCUGAUCAGUGUGCCUGCCAUGAAAGUGAAUCAGACAUUUGUAAAUAUGAACCAUUCUUUCAGGGAAUAGACCCAGUUCAAAAAGAUAGUCCUCUCAAGAUCAUUACAGGGGAAAACUUAAGACCUUCACAGAAAAAUUCUGAAGGGCAUGACAUGGAAUCCAACCCAAUGGAGAAUGAGGCAAAUGAAGAGUUUAUAUGUCCACUUGAGGAGGAUGAUUCUACAAAGGUUAGAAGCCAGACACACUUGUUGCAAUCCUAUGGUGAUGAACCUGCUCUUCAAUGUGAAAAAGGAGGGGGUGAAUAUUUUGAAUACUGUUCCAAAUACCAGGGACCAUUAUUUCAAGAGCUUCCAAAUAAAACCAAUUCCUUAAGAACACAAGAGCACGUUGGUGACAGAGAUUGGGGUGAAUUUUCAGAGGACAAUCAGUUGCAGUUAGAAAAAGAUGAUUCUAACUUUUAUAGUCAAAUGCAAACCCAGAGCAAUGAGAUGGAAGUUGGCUCUCUCUCUGAAGAACAACUCUAUUAUGACAAAGACAAGGAUGUUCAACUUGAUAGUCCAAGAUAA